GACAAAGCAGAAAGGAAGCUUCAUCAGCGCUCCAUGGAAGUUCAGUGCAGUCUUCGGUAGUUCAGUGAGCAGCGAGCUGGUUUUCCGUCGAGUUAGUGGGUCCUAUCUUUUUUAUUCCUCCCGAUUCCGGUCGUGUAAGUGAAAAUAUUGUGGUGCCCUUUUUCUCGGUUCCGGGAUCAAUCCUCGGUAUUGUGCAAUUCGAUUUUGAUAAAGCUCCAAGUGGUGUCCCAUUAUUUUGGUCACUCCACAGCGAUUUCGAGAUUCCGAUUGGUGGCAUAAAUAAAUAUAAAGCGAUAAAAAUAUUCGACCGGAGGAAGAAAAAAGUGAGCUCGGGUGUGAAGUGGAAGCUUGACCGGGGAAGUGAAAAUUAGUACAGCAGUCCUAAGUAGCCUCCGGCGAGGUACUCCCCUUGGGUAUACAACAAAUCACAUAGAAGCGAUUGUCUGAAGAGACUAGGCGCUAGAGAAGCAGAAUUUAGAAAAGUUGGCAAGUUUUUUGGAGCUGGUAAUUGAAAAUAAUAUUUUUGGUGCUUCGCUCGGUCGAAUCCCAGUAGUAAUACAUCGAAGCAUUGGGUCGUUGCGGAUGUGUUGUGUUGAUUGAGUCCAAAUAGAAGCUCUUUCUCGAAAGUACGGUCUUCCAACGGGGAGCGUCGUCGAAGCAAAAAUGUCUGUCAGCUGCAAGUGCAUGAAUAUCGUGGUGAAGCUGGAGGAAGCUUCCGUUGGGGUGUCAUCCCUGAUGGAAUCGGUCAUGGAGAAGUUGCAAGCGGCAUUAGAGGAGACACCCAAAAACGACCAUUUUCUAUUUUUCAAAAAGGCCGUAGGUCCCGUCCGGUGCUCCAGCGUCCAAAUUAUGUUCGACGGAUUGCUGCAGAAGGCAACCGCCCUGGACGAAUGGGAACUAUGCAAGUGCAUGCACUGUUCCAGUUACGUGUUUGCACGACACGCAGUUGAUGCCACUACCAAUGCCCCUGUCUCCGCACUGACCACUUGCUUGGUUAAUUCAUCACUGAUGACCACCGAUGAUAAACUCUACGCCCGCACGGCCGACGAGAACUACUCUCCAGCGUUUGGUAUCGUUCUAAACAGAUCCAGUCCAAGCUACAGCGACUUGACCGAGAAGGGCAAACUGCUCAGCAAAGUGAAUAAUGAUGACCAGUUUGUGCAGCGACUCCGUGCCUACAUGGAACAGGAAACGGAAGCCGUCAGCGAGCGAAUUCAGCGCUUUACCGAGCAGGAAUUUGCAUUACUCAAAGUAAAGCGGGAACGGGCCGAACAGGAUUGCCUGAUUCUGGCCAAACUAGCAGUAAACAAUCAAGUACCUGAUGAGCUACAGCUGGUACGAAGCAACAGUACCAGCCUCAAAAGUAGCAGCAACAAUAGUGGUGGACUGGUGGGAACGGUCCCAUCUUUGACGACUACCACCACCACCCCUAGCAAUACGACCAACGUGAACGACACUACCGUCAACAGUCAGCUGGAAACGCCCCCACCCACACCAGAAUACCUGCCAAUGUCCACCGGUAAUAGUCCACCGAUGACAGUCGCUGAUAGCGGCGCAGUUGCUCACUCCAGACAGCAUCCCAUCACUCCAUCAUCGUCCUCCUCGAUGGUUGAUCAGUCCUCCUAUACGUCUCCCAGUGCAAGGAUGGCGGGUUUGACCAACAGCCGAACUCCCAACAGAGCAAAUCUCAGCUACAACAGUGUCGAUAAUCACUCCUACAACAGUAACAACAAUAAUAGCGUUAGUUUUAACAACUCCCGAGGUGCCAUCAGUAGACAACAGUCGCAGCGACAGACUGCGUCCAUGCAACAACAUUCCAGUACAAAUUCGAUGACGAUGCUGCACCAUCAGCAACCGCAUCGGCUUACCUCUUAUGAGUCGGACUGCAUGUUCGACAUCGACGGUAUGGAGAACGACAAUUCGCCUCGCUCGAAUACGUUCUCGGACGAGGAGGAUAUUGGAUUCGAUGAAUCCAUUGGCAAUAACAACGAGGAUGGUAUGUACAUUCCAUCACGCCAGCUGGGUGCCAAAAACAGUUCAAUCGCCAGAAGUCUUCCUAUCUCAAUGCCUCAGCUGAUGACGCAGUUCCGAUCGAACGAGGAGGAUUUUGAAGAGAUGAACGAAGACAACGUGGACAUUGCCGCCAGUAUCAAGGCCCUGGCAAGGAGCGUCCAUGGCGAUACGGUAUUCGGAGAUCUGCCACGGCCGCAGGUUCAGCGAUUCAACACACAGAUCUAGAUCUAGGUCUGCCGGAGGGAGAUCAGAGCGCAGUUGGACGGAAUCGAAUCAAACAAAGUGUUGGUAGUGUAGGCGAAUAAAAGUCACACUUCAAACGAUAUUUAGUAAUUAGGAAACCAGUUUUCUUUCGAUUUUCUGUUUCAUGUUUUCGUAUAAGCAGCGGUCGCAAAUUGUGACUACGAUCAUUAAUAUGUUUCGUUUUUUUUUAGAAAGAUAGUAUCUUUUUAUCUUAUUUGUAACAUUGUAAGUGAUGCUUAACAGAGCAACAUCAGAGCAGAUCGGUUUGAAUUUAUUUUUGAUAUAGCAGCUCGAGUGCGUUCGGAUAUUGAAGCGACUGUUUGAAAUAGUUUGACACAAGGCUCCUCAGUUGAUACACAUGCGUAGAUCGAGACAUUCAAGGAGAUGCCUGCAUUCGAAUUGUAAGAACGAACCAUACCUAUAACAUGCUGGAUGGAAUUUGUUUUGUUUCUUUUGUAUUGUUAGCAUUCAAAUUAAGAGAUAUAAACCAUUUUUUUGCUUCAA